CAAAACACGCGUCACGCAGAAAACCGAACCACAGGACAGAAUUCGGAUGAUGCGUUGCAUGGCGGGCGGUGAGUGGCUAAAAAUUGCACUCGCAUCGCAGAAUUAAAAUUGGUGCCCUUUAAACUUAUCCACAAUUUUUGCUGAUUCUACUAAAAAUAAUGGAAGUUACAAGGUCUAAUUUUAAAUCGGUGCUUCCACAAGUCCGAGAUGCCAUUGAGGAUUCCGCUUUCAUCAGCUUUGACACCGAAUUCACAGGACUGAACAUUAAAGAUGUACCUUCAGUUGGACCUUAUGACACAGCAGCCGAAGCCUAUGAAAAGCUUAAGCAAUGCGCUAGCUUUUCAAUUAUUCAGUUCGGCCUAUGUACUUUUCACGAAGGCAGUGAUGGAAGGCUGACACACAGAGCCUACAAUUUCUACACUAUCCCUACACAUGAGACUUUUCUUUGUCAGACAGAAAGUCUGAAGUUCUUGGUCAAUCACGGAAUGGAUCUGAACAAGGUUUUCAAAGAAGGUAUAACUAGCUUGAAGAAUGAAGAUCGAGCUGCAAAGCUUGCUGGCUUAGAGGAAAAGCUCAAAGGAGUCAGAGAGGGAGUUGCUAAACAAACAAUCCAAAAUUUGCAAGCAAAUGACGGGCAGAAGGAAGUGCUUGCUGCUGCUAAAAACAAAAUCAAGGACUUCCUUGCUUGUGAAGAAGAGGAAGAACUCCCUCUUGGAAACUUGAACUCAUUCCAACGUCUUCUUUUGUAUCAAAUGGUGCAAAGUGAUUUUGAUGAAAAGGUUUUCCUUAUUACCCGACGAGCUGAGAGUCGGAACGCGUCACUAUUUGCAUACAAGGGAGGACAUUCAGAGAAGAUCAGGAGAGAGGAAGAUCAAAUCAAAAGUGACAUUGAAGAACUCCAGGAAGGUUGCGGGAUGAAUGCUAUUCUGAGUGCAAUUAAAAACUCUGGGAAAAUAGUUGUUGGACACAACAUGCUUUUAGACGUAAUUCACACACUUCACCAGUUCACUGAUAACGUCCCUGAUGAUUUAAAUCAAUUCAAAAAGCUGGUUCUCUCUGCAUUUCCAAGACUGAUAGAUACAAAAACCUUAGCUACUCAAACCCAAAUAGCUGAAAAAUUGGAAAGUUCUGCUUUGGAGCCCAUGGUCAAAUGUCUUCAACAACAUCCAUUUAAUCUUACUGAUGCAGAUCCUGUGAAUGGCUGUGCAGGAUAUACCGUUAAUGGGAACCUUGCCCAUGAAGCAGGCUAUGAUGCUUACCUGACGGGGCUCUGCUUUGUGACAAUGCUGAAAUAUUUGGACGCUGGCAAUACUGAUUUCACAGUCAAAACGGCCUCUCCUGUUGUGCUUCAACCUCACAUGAACAAGAUUCCGUAUGUGUUCUAUGGGAAUCCUCCAGUCUAUCUUGAUCUAGAGAGGGAUGAACCUGUUGUCAAUCGAGACCAUGUGUUUCACAUGCUAGUUCCCACACAUUGGAACAGUGGUGACGUUUCCAAACUGUAUAGUCCGUAUGGAGGAGCCAAAAUUUCCUGGAUCAACAACAGGGAAUGUUAUGUAGCUCUGAAUAAGAAGUGUGAAGCAAAGAAAGUCAAAACUAUCAUUGGAAAAGCUUCAGCUGCAUCCAAGAACUUCUCUUUGCAGACACUUGCCAGCUACAAGCAAGAGAAAAAAAAUGAAAACAAGAGAAGACGAGGUGAUUCUGACAGAGCCAUCGACAAACAAGCCAGCAAGAAGCAAAAGGGUGACAAAGAAAGAGACUCUCCACCAAGAGCAGUGAGCCCAUUUGAAAGUGCUUCAUGGAGUGAUGAUAGUUCCAGCAGUGAAAAGUCCAUGCAAAAUGGCUGAAAAGUAUUUUUGUUUGUGAUGCAAUGUUUUUAAGAUCCAUUUUUAACUGAAUGUAGUGAAUGUGAAAUUUCAUUUUUAGUGACAACAGCUUCAAGUUGGCAAAACUGUUGCAAUGUCCAAAUUGUUCCAAGCUGAAGGUGAAAAUGCAAGUUAAUACAUUGUUCUAGUUUCUUUAAAAUUGUC